AUGGCGGCGCCCACGAGCGCGGGAGCGGCGGGCCGGGGCGGCUGCCGGGGACCCGUGGCCCGCAUGAAGCGCAGAGGCGGGCGCAGGCCGCGCCGGGGUCCUGGGGGCGGCGGCGGCGGCGGGCCCCUGAAGCGGCUCAAGCUAGCGGUGGAAGAGUUCGUGCAGGCGGCCUCGGAGGGCGAGGGGCCCGGCGCCCCGGGGGGCUUCCGCCCGGGCGGGAGGAAGAGCCGCAAGGAGCUGAGGAAGGAGAAGCGGCACCUGAGGAAAGUGCGCCGGCUGCAGAGGACGGCGGGCCCCGGCCCGGGAGGCCGCGGCGGAGCCGAAGGAGCGAGCGGUCCCCGGUGGGACGAGGAGGAGGAGAGCGCCCGCCCAGCCCCGCGCCGGGACCCCCAGCCUCGCAGGGAGCCGCGGGCGCCCCGCGCCAGGGCCCAGGCUGCCCCCGGGAAGACCAGGGCCCCCGCGGCCGCCACCGCCCGGAAACGGGCACUUCUAGCGGCCAACGAGGAGGAGGACCGGGAGAUCCGAAAGCUGGAGCGUUGCCUCGGCCUGAACAAGCGCAAAAAGAAGGGCGAAGGAGGCUCCGUGCCGCUCAGCUUUGCACGCGACGGGCUGGACUAUAUUCUGGGAGCCCUGGAGUCCGGGGCAAACAGCGGCGUGUACGAAAGCAGUGGGGAGGAGGAGGAGGAGGCCGCAGAGACACUCCCCGAAAGUGAUUUAGAGAGUGAGGAGGAGGAUGAAAGUGAGGAGGAGGACGAAAGUGAGGAGGAGGACGUAGAAAAGGAAGAGAAAGCGCAGGGAACUGAAGAGGGAGCGCAGAGUGAGGAGGAGGAGGAGGAGGAUGUAGAGCAGGAAAAGGAGGGGAGAGCGGAAGGGACAGCGCAGGAGGAAAAGGGCAAAAAAAGAGUCCGUUUUGCAGAAGACGAAGAAAAGAGUGAAAAUUCUUCGGAGGAUGGUGACACAAGUCAGAGUCUUUGUGAAAGUGGCAAAAAGUACAUCCCGCCUCACGUGGGGCGAACUGGGGGGACAGUGAGCACCCAGAAAAAGGAAGAACUGGAACGGCUGAAGAAACAUGUGAAAGGCCUGAUUAACAGGCUGAGUGAGCCGAACAUGGCGUCCAUAAGUGGACAGCUGGAGGAGCUGUACAUGGCCCACAGCAGGAAGGACAUGAAUGACACCCUGACGGCCGCCCUUUUGGAUGCCUGCGUCACUGCCUCGGCCAUGCCCAGCCGCCUGAUGAUGGAGCACGUUCUCUUGGUCAGCAUCCUUCACCACACAGUUGGCGCUGAGGUGGGUGCUCACUUUCUGGAGGCCGUGGUGAGGAGGUUUGACGGCGCCUACAGAAGGGAAGGCGGGGGGAAGGAGCGCGACAACUUGUUCACCAUCAUCGCCCAUCUGUACAACUUCCGCGUGGUGCAGUCCCACCUCAUCUUCGACGUUUUGAAGAAGCUUGUUGGAACUUUCACAGAAAAAGAUAUUGAACUGAUCUUGUUAAUGCUAAAAAAUGUGGGCUUUUCCCUGAGGAAAGAUGAUGCCAUGUCACUUAAGGAGCUGAUCGGUGAAACCCAGACCAAGGCCAGCGGGGCCAGCGGCGAGUUCCAGGACCAGACCAGGAUUCGGUUUAUGCUAGAGACGAUGUUGGCACUGAAGAACAAUGACAUGCGCAAAAUUCCAGGCUAUGAUCCCGAGCCUGUGGAGAAACUGAGGAAAUUACAAAGAGCUUUGGUGCGCAACGCCGGCUUGGGUUCGGAGACUCAGCUUCGUGUUUCCUGGGACAGCAUCUUGAAUGCCGAACAGACGGGUCGCUGGUGGAUCGUGGGGUCCGCCUGGACUGGGGCCCCAAUGAUUGACGAUGGGCGUCGUUCGCAGCCACAGAAGCAGCUUUCAGGGACGGUUGGCUCAGAGAUCCUAGAAUUCGCCCGAAAGCAGCGGAUGAACACUGACAUCAGGAGAAACGUCUUCUGUACAAUAAUGACGAGCGAAGAUUUUUUGGAUGCUUUUGAAAAGCUUCUGAAGCUUGGACUUAAGGAUCAGCAGGAGCGAGAAAUAGUUCAUGUUCUCAUGGAUUGCUGCCUUCAAGAGAAAACUUACAAUCCCUUCUAUGCGUUCUUGGCUGGCAAGUUUUGUGACUAUGACAGGAGAUUCCAGAUGACUUUCCAGUUCAGCAUAUGGGACAAAUUUCGGGACUUAGAAAAUUUGCCAGCUACUAAUUUCUCUAACUUGGUUCAUCUGGUGGCCCAUCUGUUGAAGACAAAAUCACUUUCGCUUUCCAUCUUAAAGGUAGUUGAAUUCAGUGAAUUGGACAAACCCAGAGUCCACUUUUUACGAAAAGUAUUAAAUAUAUUAUUAAUGGAAACAGAAGUUGAAGACCUUGGUUUAAUUUUUGCAAGAGUGUCUGACAUCCCAAAGCUGGGGAUGCUACGAGAAGGUUUGAAGCUUUUCAUUAGCCACUUCUUGCUAAAGAACGCACGGGCCCACAAAAGUGCCGCCGAAGCCAACACGCUGAGAGAGAGAGCCGACCUUGUGACAAAGUCUCUGCAAGGAAAAGCGUCCCUGAGAAUGUAGGCAGGGACAGCAGUGGAGGGUGGUCCUUUGAUGGUAGAAUGUCCUUGUAAACCCAAAGGCCUACUCUGUUGUCUGUGUGUAAAAGCUUGGUGGAGCUAUACCUCUGUCUGUUGUUUCAAAAUAUUUUAUUUUGUGAUGAUUUUUUGAUCCAAGGUCGUAUUGUUUGGGUUUUGAACCAUUUUCAAAUAACUGUAUGUACAUUGAGGGUGGGAAAGGAAGG